GUGAAUGUGUAUAAAGCGGUUAAACACUGCUCUGGAAAGUUUGGCAGAGAAUUCCAAACGACAAAAUAACUUAUAUAUACGAAACAGAGUAUCAAACGUUCAUUCGUGUGUUCCGGUGUUUGUGUUUACAUGCAAUACUUAUUUUUACAAGACAUAAAGCAAUUCCUGGCAGUAAGAGAUAUAUACUGGAGAUAUACACUAGAUUCUCUGCUUUGAUAACCUGUGGAAUACAUUUAAAACACGUGCAUACUUUGAUUUAAUAGAUAGAUUGUAUUUAUAAACUUCUGCUUUAAACUGAAGAUGCAGUUAGAUAGACUCAUACCUAUGGAAAAUAUUGUUAUGUUUAUAUGCUGACGAAGUUUACUCGUUCAUUGGUUGAUGCGUGACGGAGUUUGUACGUUGAGAAGUUAACUCGUGAAUUGGUUGAUACGUGACGGGGUUUGUACGUUGAGAAGUUAACUCGUGAAUUGGUUGAUACGUGACGGAGUUUGUACGUUGAGAGAUUAACUCGUGCAUUGGUUAAUACGUGACGGAGUUUGUACGUUGAGAAGUUAACUCGUGCAUUGGUUGACACGUGACGGAGUUUGUACGUUGAGAGAUUAACUCGUGCAUUGGUUAAUACGUGACGGAGUUUGUACGUUGAGAAGUUAACUUGUGCAUUGGUUGAUACUUACGGGCGUUCUACGUUAAAAAAGUUUUUGUGAAUUUGUUAAUAAGUGAAUGAGUGUGUUCGUGAGAAGCUUUCUCGUGCUUUAGUUGAAACGGGAAGGUGUUUGUUCGCCAGACGUCAACAUGGGAUCGGAAUACGAAAACGAGGACUACGAAGAGGAGCUGGUCGGAAGUACAGAAGAUAAACGGAACUGGCGUGGAAUCGUGAUCGCCGUGCUUGUGAUUAUCACCGUACUCGGCCUCAUUGUCACCGCCAUCGUCCUCGUCACACCAAAAGAGGUCAAUGAAAACUUCGGGGAAAGACUGUUAUACAAAGACUUCAUUCAUCAUGCGUUUGACCCAAAACCAUUCUCACCCGUCUGGAGAUCAAACCGGGUACUCAUGUUUCGAGGUGAGGAAGGGGAGGUUAUACAUUACGACUGUGAUACCAACAUGACCACCACCGUCAUGGAUAACUCCACUUUUAGGGAGCUUAACACAGAAUCAUACGAAAUGUCACCAGAUGGGAAAUUCGUCCUGCUACCUUACGACAUCAAUUAUAUUUACCGGCAUUCAUAUAUUGCAAAAUACAAACUAUACAAUACAGAAACCCGAAUACACAGUGACCUGUCGGGGCCAGCAGUGGAGGGCGAGGAAGGGGAUACCCCUCUACAGUAUGUCUCCUGGUCCCCAAAGGGUCACGCUCUGACAGUGGUUAUAGCGAACGAUCUGUACUUAAUUGAAGACGUCCCGGGCCGGACUUACCGACGUCUCACAACGGACGGAAUGACGGACGUCGUCUUCAACGGCAUCCCGGACUGGUUGUAUGAAGAAGAGAUCUUGCUCACCCGGCACGCAGUGUGGUGGAGCGCUGACGGGGGACAUUUGGUCUACGGCCACUUUGACGACCGUGGUGUCUCGCGGUACGAUAUGACCAUGUAUGGCCCACUCCGUAAUAAGUACGUCGAGAAUCGGAGGAUGCCGUAUCCCAAGCCAGGGACGGCUAACCCCGUAGCUACGCUCAGAGUAUACAAUGUUGCCAAAAAUGAAACCAAAGAAUUAAAGCCACCAUUGUCAUUCAGAAAUGUGUCACAUUACUUUACGACUGUGACGUGGAAAGACACAAGUCAUGUGAUAAUCACAUGGUUAAAUAGGGCUCAGAACGUUUCCAUUAUAACUAUCUGUGAUGUUACGAAUACUCUGUGCUAUGAGAAUUUUAAGACAGAAGCAAAAACAGGCUGGCUUGAAAUGUCAGAGGCGCCAUUUAUUGCGGGGGACGCCUAUUUCCUGAUCUUGUCACAACGGGACGGUGACAAUGGCAGCUUCAAACAUAUCGCUCACGUAGACGCCAACCAUCAAGGGGGUUCAGGCGUGAGCUACUUUGUGACCGAGGGCCCUCUGGAUGUCGUUAGAAUCGUCGGUUACAAUGAAGAUCUCAAAACUAUAUAUUUUCUCGCUGUUCGUCAGGAAGAUCCUCGGGAGAGACAUUUAUAUAGCGCCACGACAUCAAAGACCGACCAGUCAUUCCGGGUAGUGCGCUGUUUGACGUGUGACGUCAAUGACGAGUGUCUGUACGUCGACGCCACGUUCAACAAUAACUCCAGCUAUUACGUUUUGACGUGUAAGGGACCAGGCGUUCCUAACCAUCAGCUUAUGUCGACACCUGACAUAUAUGUAAAAAUGUUGUUUGACAAUCCGGGCCUUAAAGCGGCGUUGGUCGGGAAACGAGUUCCAACCACAAAAUUCCUCCAGCUGAAAACAGACGGCGAUGAAGAGGUGUGGGUGAAGGUUCUGUACCCGCCCCAACUAAAGCAAGACGAGAUCAUCCGAUACAACCUCCUCGUCAAGGUUUACGGGUCGCCGGGCACGCAGCUCGCUACGCACGAGUAUGAAAUCACGUGGGAACACUUCCAGUGUAGCGCGAACGACCUUAUCAUAGCGUUCGUUGACGGGCGGGGGUCGGGCGGACGCGGAGACAAGUGGCUGCACGCCGUACAUCGCCACCUAGGCCGUCUUGAGACGGAGGACGUUAUUGCCGUCGGCAAAUAUUUCAAAAACCUCAAGUACGUCGGGGAUCAGAUCGGGAUCUGGGGCGUGUCGCAUGGCGGGUUCUUGACGUCAGCCGUGCUAGGUUCCCCUGGAAACGUUUUUUCGUGCGGGGUUGCCGUCGCCCCCGUCACGGACUGGCGAUAUUACGAUACAUUCUACUCAGAAAAAUACAUGGGGUUGCCUACAGAGGAAGACAACUUAGAAGGUUAUAAUAGUGCCAACAUAUCACGUUACGCUUCCAACUUCCGUCGGUCAAGGUUCCUUAUAGCCCAUGGUACGGGCGACGAUAAUGUACAUUUCCAGCACUCUGCUCAACUCAUGAAGGCAUUAACAGAUAAAGACGUAUAUUUUAAAACACUGAUCUAUACCGACCAGCAGCACUGGUUAAGUGGCGGAAACACACGGAACCAUCUUUAUAACAGUAUGGAAGACUUCCUGUUCACGUGCUACGGUAAAACAGCGCCCAGGCAUCAAAUUCCGGUGGUCUUCGAGGAAGAUGAGGACGAAUAAUCAAGCGUGUAGAUGAUACGGAGACAAAAGCCACCGAUUGUGGGAAUGGGGUUAGGGUGUAGAGGAGAUAGAGGAUAAAGCGACUGGGUGAUGGUCAUGUGUGUCAUUGUGAUAAGACUAAACAGACGAGUUAGUAGCGGAAACAUUCAUAUUCAGUCAUUCAUGGCAGACACACACCUCCAGUACCGCUGAUUGAGGUGUGCGUGCAUUAAGACACCCUUCAAGUUGUGCUGUAGCUUGCUCGCCUUCUUGACAAUAUUGCGUGAAAUGCAUGAACAUUUUCAAAAACUGACACCUACUUCCAAGUGUGUCCUAUUGCACGCACACCUCCCUCACCGGAAUACACACCUCCAUUAAACCGAUAUAUCGAUAUCGGGGGUGUGCGUCUACCCGGGAUGCUUGUACACGUUUAUAUGUUUCCUUCUAUCUUAAUUAAGGGAAACAAAACGUGCAUUAAUUUCCUUUGCGAAAGUCAACAAAAGACUGCUCCGUUUGUAUAUAUCAAAUGUCAAAACUUUCAGGAUUUCGCUGUUUUUCUUCCUUUGUCCAUUUAGAAUCACUUGUUUUAACUAUUAUAAUAAAUAAUUCGUCACCUUAGUGCAAUAACUGAAUAACUGCAUAUAGAAAUAGAAGCAGAUAUUGAGUUCUUGCACUAAGGUGACGUAUUAUUUGAUAUAACAUCCUGAUUGUUUCUCUCAAUGUAUUCAUAUCCUUAUUUAUGCAAUGCAAAAUGUUCUAACAAGCAACAAAAAAUAUACAAAUGAUCAUUAGUCAUUAGAUUCAUAGUCGUAAUCAAUGCACAAGUUUAUACUUUGACUUGCGUCUUCUCUGUGAGUAGUUAUUGGUCCCAGGUAUUUUACAAAGAUAAUGUUUUAUUGAAACGUAUAUUCUUUUCGUGAACUUAAACUGUAUGAUAUAAUAUAUUUUAUCUUAAUUUAAAAACACAUGUAAUUCAAAUCAUUUUAAACUGAAUUUUAAUUUUCCCUAAAAGAAUGUCUAAACGAAAUUUUAAGCAAAUGCAUAAUUUCUACGUUUAUACAGAUCGUAACCAAUAAAAUCCUGAAUUGAAACGGCCCCAGACUUGUAGCCCGUCACAGUUGUUCACGACUGACAUUCCUGUAUAACUUGUGUGUAGAUGUACAGUCAUGGUGUCACACUAUCCAGCCAAUACUCGCCUCCUUCAUCGAGCCAUACUCACCGUGCUUCUAUUAUUUUGAAGCCGGGAUAACAGUUAGUAUUUGUCUCAUUUUACAUAGGAAUCAUGUCCGGCGCCGUCGAUCCAAAAGCCACAUGUACCUGUCCGCUAUCGAAUAACGUGGCCACAAAGAUAAUUGGCAUAGUAUCGCGGACAAGUUUUAUAUUCAAUCCCGUGUUACGACCAUUUAAUUGUCAUUGUUAUACCAGUGGGCGCUUCGACCAGUCGACAUAUUCAAUUCAAAAAUCCGAUGUACCAUAGUUUCAUUAAUUCCACCAAGAAUAAGUGGUGGAGAAUGCUGAAAUGGGACUCAGUCAUAUAUUAGAGGCAUAUAAUAAAUAUUGCAGGACAUCAAGUUUAGAAAAGACUAUCUUUUAAUAUAGACAUUCUUUAACAAGGUUUCUUUAUAUGCGAACAACCACUGUAACUGACGGUAACCAUUCUGAACAUAUUCAUUCUCUGUAUGUCCUAUACCUAUUGUGUAUGGAAUUGUGUUCGCCGUAUACGAAUUUGUGUCGGAGAAUUCUCACAUGAACUGUUGUUUUGUUAACCUUCUCACCUAGGAGUUAUAUGUGAUUAUGUUUGUUGAAAUAUGUAUUAUUAUUAAUAUUACUAUUGUGUAUUUUACAAUGUUCCUGUUUCAAUUUUGUUACAUAAAUGAUUUACCAAAACAAAUAAAAUGAACA